CGUUAUGUCCUCUCUUCUGGACUUGAGCAUGCUCCAGGCUCGUCAGGACCGACUCACCCUCCAUAUGGCUGCACUGCUUCGCCUUCUCGCCAUCCUCUCUGACCCUGAUUGCUCCCUCCCGAUCAUCCCAGUACGACUCGGGACCUCCACGAGGGUGUACUCCGCGCUGUGGGAUUCCGGUUCUCAAGGCGACUUCAUUCACCCACGCGUGGUGAAAGAAACUCGUUUACCCACGACAGGGUCUCCGACUCCCAUCUCUGUUACCUUAGGGGAUGACAAGAGUCGGCGCUUCUUUGAUCAGACGGUCACCGACCUCCCUUUCUUCCUCACUCUCGAGCCGACUGAUCGUUCCCCGGCGUCUCGUCGCCACCGCUCCUCUUCACAUUUCGAUGUGAUGGAGACGGGGUACGACUUCAUUCUCGGCACCCCUUGGUCUCGUCGGUUCCGCAGCACCGAGGCCGAUUGGGCGACGAACACCCUCGUUCUCAAAACGAAGUGUGGACAGACGUAUCGCGUACCUUUCAUAGGUACCACCACGACACCACGCCCCGAUCCUCCUCCCCCGGAACCUUCCGUGCCCACACCACCUCCCUCUAUCACUGUCACCUCGCCUCGGCAGUUCGCCCACUUCAUCCGACAAGACGACGUCACAUUCGUUAUGGUGAACGUGACGGAUCUCUUAUACUAUGAUCCACCCUGUCCCAACGCCGAGCUCAUCCCUCUGGAGCCAGAUCCUCCUUCUAUCUCCAUGGCUCCCAUCUCUACUUUCGUCCCUCCGCCGUCCGUCGAGUCCACCCCGCCGUCGCACGUGGACGCUGACGCUGAGGAACUCGCACGAUAUAUGGCUGACCUGGAGCCCGCAGUUCGUGACCUCAUCCGAGAGUACCACGACGUUUUUCCAUUGUCGUUCUCGUACGCCGGCAUCCCACCGAUGUGUGACGUCGAGCACCCCAUUCAGCUUGUGCCUUACUAUCGUGUUCACCACCAGGCACCCUACAGACUCUCGAUCCCCGAGGCCACCGAACUCAAGCAUCAGCUUGAGGAACUCCUGAGACUGGGUUUCAUUAAACCCAGCAACUCCCCGUGGGGUGCACCCGUCCUCUUUGCUCGCAAAGCGGAUGGAACUCUCCGUCUCUACAUCGACUAUUGCGGUCUCAACUGCUACACGGUUAAGAACAGUUACCCCAUGCCUCAUUUCGAUGAGCUGUUCGACCGCCUAGCAGGCAACCGCUUCUUUACGAAGAUUGAUCUUUGUAGCGGUUACCAUCAGAUCCGCGUCGCUGCAGCCGACCAGCCGAAGACCGCGUUCCGAUCGCGAUUCGGCCACUACGAGUUCACCGUGAUGCCAUUCGGCCUCACCAAUGCACCCGCUACCUUUCAGAGGGCGAUGAACGACAUCAUCAGGGACAUCCUGGAGCAGUACGUUCUCGUCUACCUCAACGAUAUCCUGGUCUAUAGUCGUACCCUUGAGGAGCACCUCAGACACCUCCGUGACGUCCUUGACCGCUUGCGCAGACAUGGCUUCUAUGCCAAGCUGAGCAAGUGCCGCUUUGCCCAGCACAAAGUGGAUUUCUUAGGACACUACGUGUCUGACCAGGGUCUCCACAUGGACGACGCGAAAAUCACUGCUAUUGCGGAGUGGCCCGCCCCCACAUCCGCCAAGCAGCUUCGCAGCUUCCUAGGCUUGACCAGCUACUAUCGUAAUUUCAUCCGGGGAUACACUAGGAGUUGUCCCGCGCUGGAUGAUUGGGUUGCACACAUGACGUCAAUCAUGAAGACCGCACAUGAGCACAUAGCCGCUUCCCAGACUCGCAUGGCAGCACGUGCGAACCGAUCGAGAAUGGAUCAUUCAUUCAAAGUCGGUGAUGAUGUGCUUAUCGACGCCCGCCACUUACAGCUCGAAGCGGACACGCUUCGCAAGUUUCGGCGUCGCUUCUUUGGCCCAUGCCGCAUCCUCCAGGCCGUCGGUUCUGAUACGGCUUCUAGCCCGGUCAGCUUCCGUGUGAAGCUGUCCGACUAUCUACGUCAGGCUCAUGUGCACGAUGUCUACCACGUCUCAUUACUGCGUCCUUACCGAAGACCGUCUGAGCGUUUCGCUGAACGACCAUACGAGCGCCCUCCACCCAUCAUGGUGGAUGACCACGAGGAGUUCCUCGUUUCAGACAUCAUUUGUCGCCGAGUCACCAACGACAACCCUCCCCACGUCGAGUAUCUCGUACGUUGGAAGGGUUACCCUGAUGAGGAGGCCACCUUGGAGCCCCUCGAGCACUUGCAGCACGCUCGCAUGUUGGUGCGUGCCUAUGACCAUGCUCGUCGUGCUGGGUUCACUGCUCCUCCUCAACCCAUUGACCCUCCUCCUUCUCCCCCGGCUAAGGAGACCGCUGAAGUCGAGCCUGAUCCAUCUGAGGCAGACCUUCAGCAACAGUCGGAUGCUUCUGAGCGUCCACAGCGCACUCGUCGUCAUCCUGCUCGAUACGACGAUUGACUCUGACUUACCUUCCCACGUCCUUGACUUCUCAGUACUCCAUCCACUCCAGUUUUGCUACUUCCGAUCGUCGACGUUGCGACUCUUCCUCGACGGCAUUCUCGGACUUCU